AGGUUGUGUUCUCUGGUUUGUUUGUUUUUGGACACGAUAUCUGCACAAAUUUUGAUGAAAGCCGGUUAUUUGAGAGGGAUAAAAGCGAAUGCACGUUCAGUUGAAUCUUGUAAUGUUUUUCUUGGACAGUACACCAGUUUACCUGAUGAUACUGCGCUGGACCAUACAGCUUCGCUGAACAGAAUGAGUUAUGGGCACCCACACCGGACUUUUCCCAAGGAUCUAGAAUAGCUUUCAGGAAAUUAACAGGACAAUGAACUUUGGAUCUGGAGGUACACUUUUAAGGCUAGUGAUCGCUGUUGCUUAUAUAGCAGGACCUUGCUUUUGCGCAUGGUUCCAGCGGACUGAUGUAAAGAUGACAGAUAACAAUGGAGUACUAGGAGAGAGCAUCACACUUUCCGGGGGGCAAAAGACCCCAGAAAACUGCAUAAGUCUGUGCGAAUCCAGCUCGGGUUCACCUUGUGUGGCGGUCACCUACAAAACAAAUUCCGGGACAUGCCACAAGGUAUAUGUGACGUCAACCUUAGCUGACGCUGUGUCGAAUGGCCACGUGGCUUUUACCGCUGACCCACAGUACGACUCUUAUAUUAAUGAUACAGUUUUCGAAACAAGCACCACUACUCUGAUUUUCACUGAAGCAUUCAAGAACCAUUUAGAACGCCAAUCAUCCCGCUCUAGUAGUCCAGUGGCCCAAUCUACCAAUGUGCUGUCUUCAGCGUCCUCUUCGUCGUCCACUUUAACCCCAAGCAGUCAUGAAACAGUUUCCAUGACAUCGGCAACAAUUUCCGAAAACAAUAGACCUAUUACUUCGACCAGUGAAACGGAAUUCUUUAUAACAAUUGAAUGCGUCGUGACAAGUAGCGUCAGCAGCAGCGGUCAAGUAGAUAUCUUGACUUCAACAUUUGCGACCGCCGUCACGUCACCAAGUAGCAGCAGUAAUCAAGUAGAUAUAUUGCCUUCAGCUUUGGCGACCGCUGCUAUGUCGCCAAGUAGCAGCAGUAGUCAAGUAGAUAUAUUGCCUUCAACUUUGGCGACCGCUGCCAUGUCGCCAAGUAGCAGCAGUAGUCAAGUAGAUAUAUUGCCUUCAACUUUGGCGACCGCUGCCAUGUCGCCAAGUAGCAGCAGUAGUCAUGUUAACAUCCUGACUUCAACAUUGGCGACUGGUUUCAUGUCGCCAAGUAGCAGCAGUAGUCAAGUUAACAUCCUGACUUCAACACUGGCGACCGAUGCCAUGUCGCCAAGUACCAGCAGUAGUCAAGUAAAUACCCUGAAGUCAACAUUGUCGCCCGCCGUGCAGCCAAAUUCAGAUACUGAAAAAAGUACCAUAGCUCCCUCAAGUUCGAAAAAUGAAAAGUGA